AGGUUUCUGCGGCCUCCAUGAGGCUCCUAUUCCUAUUCUUAAUCUGCUUGGCCGCUUGCACGCAUGCUCUGCACUCAUACGAGGUUGGCGUGACUGACUGGCACAAGCCUCUCGCUGGCGUACCUCUGGUUCAAUCGCAUUCUACAGCACCGGUAUUCCACAGACGGAGAUACCAGGAUGGACAGACGAGCAGUGUCGUUUUAACGGCCACGCAGAGCAACGUGCUUGCAGCGAUCCAUUCGGCGAAUGGAUCUAUAGCGUGGCGACAUAUAUUCGAUGAUGAUGACCAUAUCAUCGGUUUUCAGAGGGACACAGAUGUCGUCGUUGCCCUUUCCGGUCCUGGAGGGGCUAAUUAUCGCGUCUUCGACUCCGAUUCAGGACAUCUACUCCUAGAGAGGAGACUACACGAUCUCGCAGCAGGCCGCCUGCAAGAGCCCGAGUCCCUGGGCACCGCUGUAGGCUUCGGAGCGGAACAGAAGGAGAGAGACAUCUACGUGCUUACCAAUGGCCACACGCUCCGCCGUCUUGACCGUCAUACCGGCGAAGUGAGAUGGGGAUGGACAGCGCCUGAUCAGACUUCUUCUGUACUCUAUUCGAAGUUCUUCGUAACACACUCCGCGGUGUAUCUUCUAGGCCUCUCGAAGUCGUUCGCGUCAUACACGCUGCACGUUACGUCCCUCUCCCCCGAUAGAGGCGAGGUCAUCUACUCGGGGAAUGUCCCUUCCAGCAUCAAGACCGGCUUCUCGCAACCUUUCUUUCUCAGUGACGUGAGCGCACCCGACACCGUGCCCCGCGUGGUCUGGUUCGAAGACGGCAAGAUCAAGUCCCUCGAGCUCGCGCCGGAACUGAUUGCGAGGCCUGCCACGGUCAAGGGCGCAGCUUACAAGACGAUCGAAGACGUUGGGCUUUCCGAAUACGGGCAGUUCGUUGCCAUCGCUGAGAAUGGUACCGGUAGGGUGAUUAAUCUCACCCCCGAGGGUUUGAAGAUAAUCUGGGAGUACACCGAUUCGGCCACCUCCCCAACCCGUAGUGGCUCCAUUUACUCCGGGGGUCUGGAUGUCGACGGUCAUCCGUAUAUUGCGCGCGUGUUCUGGGCGCAUUCGCUGAAGACGAUGUCCGCCCACGUCUUUGCUCUCCACCUCGCCGAAGGGAAGGGGCUAGUUACGGGAUACACGUUCCCGUUCAAGACAGGGGAACACGGUAUCAUUAAACAUGUCGCAGUAGAAGCGGCCAAUCCGGAGCAUUACAGAGUCCUCGCCAGGCUGGCGGUGACUACCACGACCGGUGCUGUUCAGAUGUGGCAGAAGGACCAGCUGCAAUGGACACGUGAAGAGGGAUUGGCCGACAUCCGCGUUGCCGAAUUAGUCGAGCUUCCAGAGAGGAAAAUCGCACUCCAUCUCGACAGCGAGCACGAAACGUUUGGGGUGCGUGUCGCCCGCCAGCUUCUGGACGCCCAGGACUUCCCGCAAUACGCAGUAAACUUUGUGCGACGCUUCGUCACGGGCUCGUACACAUCCGUCAGCACCCCCGUCGUCGCGCCUACCAACGCAUCCGAGCCUCUCUCGCGUGAUGCGUUCGGGUUUAGGAAGGUCAUCGUCGCCGCGACACCGUAUGGGAAAAUAUACGGCAUUGACUCUGCGAAUGGGGAUGUCCUCUGGAGUCGUGUCUUUGGUCUCGGUUGGGCGGCGCAAGUCGGCGGACAGAUCAUCCCCGCCAAGUUGUUUGUCACGCGGACAGUUAACGACGGCGAGUCGCCGCAAGUCGUGCUGGUGACACAGAGAAAAGCGAGCAAUGGCCUCGUCGACACCGUUCUCUUCCACGUCGAUGCUUUGACAGGCGAAGACGCUCGCAGGCAGUCCCCCAGCAACGACCUCUUGCAAGGCGAAGAUGUGGUCUCGGGUCCCCUCGUCGAAGCCUUCCUCCUUCCUACUGACGCCGGUCGCGCAGUCGUCCUGCUCGACGAGUUUCUCCAGGUCCACCUCUACCCGAACUCCGACGAAGUCAAAGCCGCGUUCGCAGCCGUAGCGCCCUCUCUCCGCAUCCCGCUCCGCUCCGGACCGCCCGGCCAGCGUCGCCUGACGGGCCACCAAGUGCCCUCUGAGGUCGAGUUCACAGGCCUGCACAUUGCAUACCCGACGUGGUCGCUGCCGUUCCCCACUGGAGAGGACAUCUUCGCGGUCUUCGCGCGCCCGACGGAUCCUGUCGCGUCGCUUGGGAAAGUGCUCGGCAACCGCACGACGUUGUACAAGUACCUCAACCCGAACCUCGUGGGCGUCGUGACGGGCCCGCCGUCGACCGCACCGUUGAGCGAGAAGGCGACGUGUGGAGUGUACUUGCUUGAUGGCGCGAAGGGCACGAUAAUAUAUCAUGCUAUCUUGCCUUCCGUCGGGGGCAGGUGCGAUGUCAAGGCGACGCUGGUGGAGAACUGGCUGGUGUACCACUACUAUGACCCUGAGGUGGUCGUGAACCAGGCAAAAGGGUACCGAGUCGUCUCUGUUGAGCUGUAUGAGGGCCGAGGCGUUGACGACAAGCGUAAGAGCUCCGACAUGUCUUCGCUCUCGAAUGCUACGACAGACGUGAGCGUGUACGAGCAGGCGUACGUCUUCCCCCGGGGCAUCCGCACCAUCACGCCGACGUCGACCAGCUACGGCAUCUCCGUCAAGGACAUCAUAGUGGCCAACGAGAAUGGCCAAAUUCAGUCAUUCCCCCGUCGCUUCCUGGACCCGAGGCGUCCGAAGCACAAGCCGACGACCGAGGAGGCUGAGGAAUGGCUGAUCCAGUACGACCCAGUGAUUCCUGACGACCCUAAGCGGGUCUUGUCCCAUCACUACCAGGUGGCGAAGACACAAAAGAUUGUUACUUCGCCGGCCCUCCUCGAGUCAACGUCGCUGGUGUUCGCCCAUGGGCUAGACUUGUUCUUUACGCGGAUUGCGCCAUCGAACACUUUCGACGUGCUCAGCGAAAGCUUCAACAAGCCGCAGCUCGUGGUCACCAUUGCGGGCCUCGCAUUCGCCAUCGUAGUCGUGAAGCCGAUUGUGGCGAGGAAGAAGCUGAGGGAGCGGUGGUAUGACUGAGCGGAGCUAGACUGUGUUCUUGUCUGUGUUGCGUUCCUGGGUAUUUAUGUGUACCUUUGUCCCUAUUCCUCUAUACGUAGAAUCACACAGAUUCGCAACGGC